AUGGAUAAGUCUUGGAUGCAUGCUGAUAGGAGAUCACAUACAUAUAAGCUAGGUGUUCAGGAAUUCCUUAAGUUUGCUGUAGAGAAUGCAAGCGAUAUAGAUCAUAUCUGCUGUCCCUGCGCUAAAUGUGGGGGUACAGAUGGGUUUUUAUCAGCUAGGAUGAUAAAAGAUCAUCUAUAUUGGAAUGGUAUAGAUGAGAGUUACAAAGAUUGGGUAUGGCACGGAGAACCUUCUAGGGCAACGAUGAAUGCCAUUGAAGGGAUAUCUGAAGCUACUGUUGAUAUGGUAGAAGAUGGAGAUGGGGCAGAUAAUAUAGGGCUGGAAGAUCAGGGAGAAAAUAGGGCUGGUGAGGAUGAGCAGUUUAUCGAUAAUGGUGAGGAAGAGCAGUUUGUUGAUAAUGGUGAGGAUGAGCAGUUUUCAGUAGAAUCAAAUGACUUCAUGAAGCUAGUUGAGGAUGGAGAUAAAGCUUUGUACCCUGGUUGUACGAAGCACAUAAAAUUAAAUGCACUUAUACAGACCUAUAACCUUAAAGCAAAACAUGGCAUGUCUAAUGUGUGCUAUUCUGACAUGUUGAUCAUGAUCGCCAUGUUUCUUCCUGAAGGUAAUGAGAUACCAAGUUCACAUUAUGAGGCCAAAAAGACUUUGGUUUCAUUAGGAAUGGACUACAAAAAGAUACAUGCAUGUCCUAAUGACUGCAUUUUGUAUAGAGGACAGCAUGCUGAUGCAACUAGUUGUCCUACAUGUGGGGAGUCAAGGUGGAAAUUAGGGAAAGAUAGUACUGUGAAGCAAGGGGUACCUGGGAAGGUAUUGUGGUACUUUCCCCCAAUCCCAAGGUUCAACCGCAUGUUUCAGUCCACAAAAACUUCCAAAAGCCUAACUUGGCAUGAGUAUGAGAGGAGGAAGGAUGAGUUUAUGCGUCAUCCGGCAGAUUCCCCCACUUGGAAGUUAGUGGACCAAAAAUGGCCAGACUUUGGCAAUGACCCUAGGAACCUCAGACUUGCACUUUCAUCCGAUGGUUUCAAUCCCCACAGCUCUUUGAGCAGUAGAUAUUCUUGCUGGCCAGUUAUACUAGUUACGUAUAACCUCCCACCAUGGCUGUGCAUGAAAAGGAAGUUCAUGAUGCUAACUAUGCUGAUUUCAGGACCUAAACAACCCGGAAAUGACAUUGAUGUGUACUUGCAGCCCUUAGUUGAUGAUUUAAAAGCUUUGUGGGAUGGGAUAGAUGGAGUCUAUGAUGCAUUUAGAGGAGAAUACUUCAAACUGAAAGCUGUUCUCUUUUGGACAAUUAAUGACUUUCCUGCUUAUGGGAACUUGUCGGGCAGUGUCACUAAGGGAUACAAUGGCUGUCCUAUAUGUUGUGAGAACACAAAACCUCAUCGGUUGUCUCAUGGACAAAAGAUGAGCCAUAUUGUUCACCGGAGAUGGUUACCGCGCCAUCAUCCUUAUAGAAGGCAGACUAAGGAGUUCAAUAACCUACCAGAAUAUGAAACUGCCCCUGAACCUUUAAGUGGAGAAGAGGUCUUGCAAAGGGUUGAGGGGAUGAACCGACCAUUCGGUAAAAAGAACCCUUCUCCAACAUAUAAGGGUCUAGAAGAUGAAAGCAGACCUUGUUGGAAGAAGAAGUCCAUAUUCUUUGAUCUUCAGUAUUGGAAAUUUCUUCCGGUUCGACAUAAUCUCGAUGUCAUGCACAUUGAGAAGAAUGUAUGCGAUAGCAUUAUCGGUACAUUAUUCAACAUUCCUGGAAAAACAAAGGAUGGAGUCGCUGCUAGGUUGGAUAUGGUAGAUAUGGGCAUAAGGACUGGUUUGGCACCAGAACCUGGGAAAAAAAAAAGACAAGCUGCCUUUGGCAACUUGGAAUCUGCUGGUAGAAGAGAAAAGAGCAAUGUGCAUGUCUUUUUUCAGCAUGAAAGGUCCUUACGGAAUUUCCUCAAAUAUAAGGAAUCUUGUUUCCUUGGAUGA